AUGUUUGCAUGGAGUCGCGAGUAUCAGUUGGAGGAGCAGCAGAGGGAGCAGCAGAGGGAGCAGCAGAGGGAGCAGCAGAGGGAGCAGCAGCAGUGGGAACAGCAGCAGAGGGAGCAGCAACAGUGGGAGGAGCAGCAGAAGGAGCAGCAGCAGCAGCAGCAGCAACAGGUGCAGUUGGGGUGGGACGAGCAGCAGCAACAGCAGCAGGAGCUACUGCAGCAGCAACAGCAGGAGCAGCACCAGCAAGAGCAGCAGCAGCAGGGGUAUGAGGGGCAGCAGCAGGGCUCAAACGGAUACGAAGAGGGGGAGCAGAGGGAUGGGGGCAGCACAGGGUGGGAGACCAGUGCCUCCAAUCCCAUUUACCCGAACGGCGUGGUUCUAGAAGAGGAGGUGUUCCCAAUCCCUGCUCCAGUUCCAGUGAUGCAGUCAGAAUUGGAAGGGCUGCAAUCCGCAGCGCAAGAGCAGGGAGCGGCUGAGCAAGCAAUGCAAGAGCAAGGAGCACAGGAGGAGUACGCAGCACGGGGGUUUUAUUCCGAGCCGAGAGCAGCAGAGCAGGAACAAGCAGAGGCGCUAGCACAGGAAGGGGGCGCAGUUUCAGGAGAGGAGGCGGCAGGAACAACUGGUCUCCAUGAGGAGGAAAGCAGGAGCCUGGCCAUCCAGCCCUCUGAGCGCAAGGAGGAUGUGGUGCUGCAUCAGCUGCAGCUCAAGGUUGGAGUUUACAGCGUGCCCCACCCUGCUCGAGCGUCAAGGGGUGGUGACGAUGCUUACUUGGUGGAGGGUAACUGGCUGGGCGUGGCAGAUGGCAUUGGCACGUGGACAGACCAAGGCAUCAACGCAGGCUUAUAUUCCCGUGAGAUGAUGUGGAACUGUGUCAACGUGAUUCGGUCGCGGCAGGAAGGAGCAGAUAGCGACGAGGACGAGGAAACCGACGAUGACUUUGCCGACCAUCUUGAAGGGAGAUCCGAUUCUGAGCUAGAUUCGGAUCACAACGACUCGGCAGGCGUCGGGCGGGGGGCGGCGGCGGGCGGCAGUGUGGACGGCAUGGGCGGCGGAGCGGGCGGCAGGAGGGGGAGGGGCGUGGGGGGUGCGGGAGGAGGGGUGGUGAGCGGAGUGGGGGCGGGAGGGGAUGAUUACGACUAUGGGUACUAUGAUGAUGAGGAGGAUUUAGACCCAAUGGAUCCCAAGGGGGUGAUUGAGGAGAGCCACAGCCGCACUGACCUGAGAGGAUCCUGCACCAUCACUCUCGCCGUGCUGGAUAAAGAUGUGAGUGGAAGCCUUGGACCCGAUGGGUCCCAAGGGGGUUGUAGGGAGAGCCACAGCCGCACUGAUCUACGCGGCUCGUCCACCAUCGCCCUUGCUGUGCUGGAUAAGGAUCGACUGCGAGUGGCAAGCAUAGGCAGCUGUGGGUUCGUGCUGCUGAGGAGGGGCGAGCUGGUGAUUCUCUCUCUUCCAUCUGUCUCCCCUCCACCCCACCCACCCUUUCCCUCUCUCACCCCGUUCCCUUUCCUGCAGCGCCUGCGAGUGGCAAGCAUAGGCAGCUGUGGGUUCGUGCUGCUGAGGAGGGGCGAGCUGGUGAUCCGCUCAGAGAGGAAUGCCACUGCUCUCCUGCCCUCACCUCCCACUUCCUCCCCUGUUUCCUCCAUUCCUUUUCCCACCACUUCGCUUUUUCCCCACCCUCAGCGCCUGCGAGUGGCGAGCAUAGGCAGCUGUGGGUUCGUGCUGCUGAGGAGGGGCGAGCUGGUGAUCCGCUCGGAGCGCAUGGAGCAUUCUUUUGGAAACCCUUUCCAAAUCGGGCAUGAGGCUGGGGACGGCCCUGACUGUGCUAAGGAUUACACCAUUCCCGUGCAAGCAGGGGACGCGAUUCUGCUAGCCACCAACGGGCUGUUUGACAAUAUCUUUCUCGACACCAUCGUGCGCGUGCUCUGCGCUGCUCUGGGAGAGGGGAAGAAACCCGAGUCUGUUGCUCGCAAGCUCGUGUCGAUGGCACAUAAAGCAGGGGAGAGUGCAGCAGAGCCCACGCCGUAUGCAAUAGCAGCCAAGGCAGCAGGGGUGCACCACGAGGGGGGGAGGCGGGACGAUGUGACUGUGAUAGUGGCGUACGUGCAAUAA